UCCACUAGAAACUGUGUCUCAGGCUUCCCUGCCGCAUGCAACCACAAUGGCCCCGAGUUUCCUGCUCCCCCUCGCCGUCCUGGGGCUGAGCGCCACACAGCCAUCCUCGGUCCUGGGUAGGGGCUUCCAGGCGCCGGCGCUCGCCUGGCCAUCCUUCCUCAAACACGACUCGCCCCAGAAGGCUCAGGAGACCAUCCAGAUCCCCAGCAACGGGACUGAGCCUCUACUCAUGGACGUGCAUGUGUUUGUGACCAAUGUCCUUAAUGUGGACAUCCUGCGCUACACCGUGUCGUCCAUGCUGCUGCUCCGGCUGUCCUGGCUGGAUGCCCGCCUGGCCUGGAACGCGAGCAGCAACCCCCGGCACGUGGUCUCGCUGCCCUGGGACUCGCUCUGGACCCCAGGACUCACCAUCCAGGAGGCGCUCUGGGUGGACUGGCAGGACCAGAGUCCCCGGAUCCGAGUGGACCGUCACGGCCACGUAGAGCUCUACCUGGCCCUCACCAUGGAGACCAACUGUGACCUGGAGCUCCUGCAUUUCCCCCGGGACCAGAGCAACUGCACCCUCAGCUUCUUCGCUUUCAGCAACUCAGCGGUGGAGCUGGAGUUUCAGGUUCAUGCCGUGAACCAGAUCGUGAGUGUGAAGCGGGAGUACGUGGUUGAGGACGUGACGGCUCAGAUCCCCCCCAGGCAGCUGGUGCCCUGCUUCCAGGUGACGCUGCGCCUCCAGAACACGGCGGUCAAGGGCGUCCUGGCGCUGCUGGUCCCGGGGGAGGCGCUGCUCCUGGCUGACGUGUGCGGGGGGCUGUUGCCCCUCGGGGCCCCAGAGCGCAUUGCCUACAAGGUCACCCUGCUGCUGGGCUACCUGGUCUUCCACUCGUCCCUGGUGCAGGCACUGCCCAGCUCCUCCUCCUGCAACCCCGUGUUCUUGUACUACUUCACGGUGCUGCUGCUCCUGCUUUUCCUCAGCACCGCAGAGACCGUGCUGCUCACCGGCCUGCUGGCACGGAGCAACGGUCCCGGCCCCACGGAGAAGCCAGCGCCGCCGCGGCCGGAAGGUGGGCAUGGCCCCGGGCGCUCUCGGGCUCCCCAAGGAGGAGGAAAGUGGCCCUGGAGGAGCCUGUUGGAGGCUGCGGACCACAUCUUCUUCCUGGUAUACGUGGUGGGCGUGCUGGGCAGCCAGCUGGUCUUCGCGGGCAUCUGGGCCUGGGCCACAUGCAGGUCUCACCCCGCCCCUGGUCUGGCUGCACCCCACGGGGGGCAGCCCCGGAUGUGACCUAGCCG